GCGUCAUCGCCGACGCGGAGUUAGCGGGGACAAGAGCCCGGGCUGAUGUCUCAUGGGGGUCGGAGUACGGGAGGAUUCUGAAGGCCGGCCCAGCAAGUGCACGCCACAGAGGAUGCACGCAAUGAAGGCCAUUGGCUCGGGGCUGCAGGCUGUCUUCGGACUCGCAAACACGCCGGGGCGUUCUUGCCAUUCCCGCAGGCUUUCGACAGUGCCUCAGGCCCCGUGUUGCUCCUUAAGUCCGUCCAAGGUGCAGGACAAAGGACAAUCAAUGGAUGAUGCGGCGCGGCGGCUGAGUCCAAGGGAACAGGUUGGCUGACGCCAUGCAAAGGCCUGCAAUGCCUCGACCGUGGUCUUCAUAAGAAGGUGUUUCGCCACUUCUCCCGGGGAGGCAGAAGGGGGAGGGGGAGACAUGUUGAUCUCCAGAGUUCCUCUUCCCGUUGCUGUUCCCAUAUUCAGACCCAGACUAACAGCCAGGCUCCCGGCGACUGCAGUAACAGCACCACCGCCUCUUACCCCUGUCGCCCUGUUAGUCCCGGCAACAAUGUCUACCGCCGCAGUGCUCCCUCAACAACCUCAACACUUCGCACAACCCGACCUCGCCCCCACCUCUACAUCUCCUGCCACCUCUGGUUCCGAAACUCCACCCUCCUCUAGGGGCUCCUCAAGGUCUCGCUCAAAGUCUGGGAACCAGCAAGAACAGCGUGGUCUGCAGCGAAUGUCGACAUAUUUCCCCCUGGGUUACAAGGAGGCCGCCUACCAAUGGUGGACAAACCUCUCGCCCGCCGCAUCCGAGCGCAAUGUCUUGAAAUAUGUCCCCUUCCUCAGGGAGGCCGUCUCCGACUCCUCCAACCCCGAAGGCGCCAUCUCCAAACACGACCCCUACGGCCCGCGGGUGUGGCGGUCCACCAUGGUCGCCCUGUCCGGGAAGAACAGGGCGUUGAAUGAGUACUCGGUCGAACGCCUCGACGAGUCGCCAGACGAGACUCUUGUCAUGCUGCACGGCUACGGCGCCGGCCUGGGUUUCUUCUACAAGAACUUCGAGCCCCUCACACGAGUCAAGGGGUGGCGCCUGUAUGCUCUAGACAUGCUCGGCAUGGGGAACUCCUCGCGACCGGCUUUCCGGAUCAAGGCCAAGGACCCAGCGGAGAAGAUCCAAGAGGCUGAGAACUUCUUUGUCGAUGCGCUCGAGGAGUGGCGCAAGAUCCGGAAGAUCGACAAGUUCACGCUCCUGGGACACUCGCUCGGGGGCUACCUGGCCACGGCUUACGCGCUCAAAUAUCCUGGUCACCUGAACAAGCUGAUACUGGCAUCCCCCGUCGGCGUCCCAGAAGACCCCAACGCGACAAGCUCCGAGCUGCCCGAACCGCAGGACUCAACGCUAGCCCAAGAGUUUACCCAGAGCCAGGAAAGCAUCGUUCAGCAGGAGACCAAUGUCAAGACCAAGCAGGCCCCCAGGCCUCCAAGGAGACAACUCCCUGGUUGGCUGGUGUGGUUGUGGGAUACCAACGCCGUCUCGCCAUUCAGUAUCGUCCGUAUGGGUGGCCCGCUUGGCCCUCGCUUCGUGUCCGGCUGGACAUCGCGCCGUUUCAACCAUCUCCCCCCCGAGGAGGCCACCACCCUCCACGACUACUCGUACAAUUUGUUCCGGCAGAAGGGCAGCGGUGAAUUUGCUCUGACGUACAUCCUCGCGCCUGGUGCAUACGCGCGGAACCCACUCAUCAACCGCAUCGACGAGGUUGGCCGUCAGGUCCUCAAACCCGCCUCCGACGGCCAGCCAGCCAAGCGCGAAACCGGCUUCCCUAUCGUCCUGAUGUACGGGGACGGUGACUGGAUGGAUGUGGCUGGCGGUUUUGCUGCCGAGGAGAAGAUCAAGGCACGCGUCGAGAAAGCACUGAUGGAAGGCACGGAGCAGGAGAGGCGGGACGAGAAUGGGAGUGCAAGGGUGAUUGUGGUACGGAAGGCCGGCCACCACUUGUAUCUCGACAACCCGGAUGAGUUCAACCAGUACAUCACCAAAGAGCUGGAAGAGACAAGGGACUACAACAGGAGGAGGAAGUCUCAAGGCCUGUCCGUCUAGGGAUGAUUCGAUCACGGUUGCAUUUUGAGAUGACGUUAGAUGGCUAGACGGGAAGAGCGGAAAGGGUCGCCCACACAUUUGCAUUGGCUAGGCGUUAGGAGGAUUUAGAAGAAGACACCCAGGGAGCGGGAGUGUCUAUCUACGAGGUCACCUUUGGGGGUCGAGGCCGGCGAGCCGGGUUCGGCUGGAGACCUAGACUUGCUGACAAGGCAGUCUGCGCUGUGUGAGGACAGCUCGCAGGUUAGACAGACGGAGUAAGUCCCUAGAGCGCUACACCUUGAGUUGUAAAGGCAGUUUAAUUCCGUAAUUAAGAAAUAUUCGCACGGUUCAAUCCGGUAGACGGAUGGUCUGAGCCAAUCUGCUCUGUCUUGGGUGUUUUGGGUAGAGGUCCGCAAGAUUAAAUGUGCCGAGGUCGACAAGUAGAUGGCAUCGAAACGCGGGUGGACCUUUUAAAUCAUGUUACCUCACAGCUUGGACCGUCUAGGGCAGACAAGAAAAGUGCACAGUUACACGCAACAUUUUGACUUGCUCAAAAAGGUCGCGUACCAUUACGUCUCGGCAAAAGACAAACCGCCUGCCUGCCUGGCGGGUAAAGGUCCCGCCUUGCCACAUUGAUGAUUUAAUUUCCUGCUUGUCGAAAAUACACGAGACUACUCUCAGCGAGUGCAGGAGAUAUCUGUGCUCAAGGUCAAGGUUAUUUGUUCCUGGAGACGUGGCACUAAAAACUCGGUGAGAGAGCGUGGUGGCGAGACAUGGUGAUGCUGAUCAUAUUCGUAG